UUAGCACCGACUUCCGGUGCAGUCGGACGAGCGGGGCGCGGAGAGGCGCUUAGCGGGCUCGCGGCCCCAGAGGAUCGAGCCGGCUACGCGGAGAGUCGCCUCGGCCAGACUGCGGAGGGUCGAGACCAGUAUAAAGACAGCGCAGACUGGUAGCGGUGUAGAGGAGAAAGCAAGGCCUUUAAGCCGUGGUUUUGGGUAGGGAGACGAGGGUGAGGGAAACGAAGCCGAAAAUAGGAAACUACAUCUCCCAGAAGGCCGCGGGCUUCCUGGGCCGCGAAGCCUGAUGGGACCGGUAGUUCUGGACACGGAUCAACCUAGACUCCUGAGGCUGAAGGGGUGCGGCCUGGGGUGCCCGGAGCCGGAGAAAUGGAGCUGGAGCAGAGAGAGGGGACCAUGGCAGCCGUGGGGUUCGAGGAGUUCUCAGCCCCGCCGGGCUCGGAGUUGGCGCUGCCCCCCCUGUUUGGCGGCCACAUCCUGGAGAGCGAGCUAGAGACCGAGGUGGAGUUUGUGUCUGGUGGCUUGGGGGGCUCGGGGCUCCGGGAGCGUGACGAAGAGGAAGAGGCGGCCCGGGGGCGGCGGCGGCGCCAGCGGGAGUUGAACCGCAGGAAGUACCAGGCGCUGGUCCGGCGCUGCCGGGAGAUCGAGCAGGUGAACGAGAGCGUCCUCAACAGGCUGCACCAGGUGCAGAGGAUCACCCGGAGGCUGCAGCAGGAGCGGAGGUUCCUCAUGAGGGUGCUGGACUCCUACGGAGAUGACUACCGGGCCAGCCAGUUCACCAUCAUGCUGGAGGACGAGGGCAGCCAGGGCACAGAUGCCCCCACCCCAGGCAACGCUGAGAAUGAGCCUCCCGAGGAGGGGCUGUCCCCACCCAGAAGGACUCCCGCAGCCCAAGAGGGUGGCAGCCCGGCCCCUGGUGAGGGGCCCAGCGGGCGGAAGAGGCGGCGAGCACCACGGGAUGGGGGCCAGGGGGGCGCUGCGCAGACCCCAGAACUGGCCCCUGUGCAGGUUAAGGUCGAGGAAGACUUUGGCUUUGAAGCAGACGAGGCCCUGGAUUCAAGUUGGGUUGCUCGGGGGCCUGACAAACUGCUGCCCUACCCUACUCUGGCCAGCCCACCCUUCGACUGACUGCACCCCAAUAAACCAACCCCCAUGUGCCUCAGUCAGUGCCUGCUGCUCCCACCCCCAGGCACGCAUGUGCGCACACUCAGA